UGGUUAGUUGUCAACUGGACGGCGAAGUGGGCGCUUGUUGAAAGUGGCUCUGCAACUCUGUCCGCGUGCUUUUAAUAUUUAUGUGUAUUUUACAAUAUUCUAACAGAAAACCUUAUUGUUUUCAUAUCUGUCAAGAUUAAAGGCGUUUUGCAAUUACAAUCUGCGUUUAUUGUAGGCGAAAUUUUGCGUAUAAAGUGUGUUUACAAAUAUCGGCCGUCGAUUAAAAUUUUAAAUAAUGUGUUAGUACAAUAAUUUCUGCGAUAUAAACUGUCGAUAAAGAUGGGUUCCCCUCAAAAGGAUAUCGAGUUGAGUCCGGUGAAGCCGGAAGCUCACGCGAGCACUGCGGCGGAGAAGUUAAACGUGCCGGUGAACGAUGAAGAAGAUGUUAUUAUUGGAAGGUUUAGGAAGAUAAGUUCGGCCAAGUCCAUGGCAGCGACGAACGGGAACAUUCAGUACCCUACUGCUACUGACUUGCCGGCGCGGAGUGACGACGUGGAGGCAGGGUUACAGUUCAGGACGCGGGAGCCGGGUGAGAAAGAUCGCUUGCUGCCUGAAGGAGUGUCCAACGGGUCGGUCACGAUCCAGUCUCGCUCACCCGUCACUAAGAGCAGCUUCCGUGAUAUGGAGAAACCAUCUAGAUUCAAGGAUCAGCCGUCUGCCACCAGAUUUCAGAUGGAGGACCAUGAAGAUGAACAGGAACACAAGGACUCUGACGGUAUGGACAGCGACGACCCCCUCACAUGUACUGACACUAAGUACGGCAAGAGUUUCAGGCACUUCACUCGAGAAGCUUUGCCAAGGCUGGACAACUAUAGAAAUGUGUUGUCGCUCCAUGCAGCGCCCCGACCCACAUUAGAUGAACUCCACAAUGCUUCUUUAUCAAGAAAGCCUCAAGCAAUAGAGAAGGACUUGGCAACACCAGCGCUGACGUCAUCGAACAUAAAGUUCGGCUGGAUCAAGGGCGUGCUGAUGCGAUGUCUCCUCAACAUAUGGGGGGUUAUGCUGUUCCUGCGGCUGUCCUGGGUCGUGGGACAGGCGGGCGUGGCGCAGUCAAUGCUCCUGAUCCUCACUACGUCUGUGGUCACCACCAUCACGGCGCUCUCCAUGUCCGCCAUCAGCACCAAUGGGGUUAUCAAAGGAGGUGGAACAUACUACAUGAUAUCCCGAUCCCUGGGCCCUGAGUUCGGCGGCUCCAUAGGCUUGAUAUUCUCCAUGGCGAACGCCGUGGCAUGUGCUAUGUAUGUCGUGGGCUUCGGCGAGUCGCUCAUCACGCUUAUACCGGAGUCCGCUUAUAUGGUUGAUAAAGGAUGGGACCAAGCGAUCUACGGCUGUAUAACAAUAGUCCUACUAACGGGUAUUGUAAUGGUCGGCAUGGAAUGGGAGGCGAAAGCUCAAAUAGUCCUACUGGUGAUCCUACUGGCGGCCAUUGCAGACUUCUGUAUAGGGUCCAUUAUAGGACCUAAGAGCGAUCUGGAGUUGGCGCAGGGAUUUGUGGGGUAUAAUUGGACAGUGUUACAGAGUAACAUAGGUCCAGACUACAGGUUCUUUGAAGGCGUGGAGCAUAACUUCUUCUCCGUGUUCGCGAUAUUCUUCCCCGCCGCCACAGGAAUAUUGGCUGGCGCUAAUAUUUCCGGUGAUCUGAAGGACCCUCAAAAAUCAAUUCCCAAAGGCACCCUCCUAGCUAUCCUGCUAACCACCAUCUCGUACCUGGUGAUAGCCCUGCUCGCGGGCUGGACGGUGCUGCGCGACGCGUCGGGGGACGUGGCGGACAUAGCGUCGUGGACGAUGGCCGACUGUGCUGUCAACCGUACCUGUGCUUACGGCCUGCAGAAUAGUAAUGAUGUAAUAAGGCUGGUGUCAGGCUUCGGUCCGCUGAUCUACGGCGGUUGUUUCGCGGCUACUCUGUCAUCUGCGCUCGCGUCUCUAGUCUCUGCGCCUAAAGUAUUUCAGGCGCUAUGUCAAGACAAGUUGUACCCGUACUUGGAAUUCUUCGCAAAGGGGUAUGGACAGAAUAACGAGCCGGUUCGAGGAUACGUGCUUACCUUCGUCAUCGCUGUCGCCUUCAUACUUAUGGGUGGUCUGAACCAGAUCGCGCCGCUAAUCUCGAACUUCUUCCUCGCUGCCUAUGCGCUCAUCAACUUUUCCACGUUCCACGCCAGUCUAGCCAAGCCUGUAGGCUGGAGGCCUACUUUUAGGCUGUACAACAUGUGGCUGUCGCUGGUGGGGUCGAUCCUGUGCGUGGCGAUAAUGUUCGUGAUCUCGUGGAUCACUGCGCUCGUCACCUUCGCCUUCCUGCUCACGCUGUAUCUGCUGGUGUCUUAUAGGAAGCCUGACGUGAACUGGGGCUCGACGACGCAGGCGCAGACGUACAAGGCGGCGCUUAGCGGCGUCUACCACCUCAACGCCGUCACCGAACAUGUCAAGAACUACAGGCCUCAGAUCCUGGUGCUGACGGGCUUCCCUGGCGAGCGGCCCAUCCUCACGGACUUCACGUACCUGCUCACCAAGGGACACUCGCUCAUGCUGUGCGGACAUAUUAUGCAGGGUCAAGUGAGUCACCGCGGCCGCGAGGCGCUGUGCAGCCGCGCCUACCAGUGGUUCACGCGACGGAAGAUCAAGGCCUUCUACUCCAUCGUCGACGACGUCGGCUUCAAAGAUGGUGCCAGUGCUCUCGUACAGGCUAGUGGUAUCGGCAAGUUGAAGCCAAACAUUCUACUGAUGGGAUUCAAAGAGAACUGGCAAACGAGCGAACGAAACGAAAUUGUCGACUAUGUUGAAGUUAUGCACAAAGCGCUAGACGUACACAUGGCGAUAGCACUGCUCCGUGUGGAAGGCGGGCAGUAUUCAUCCGACGCGCUGGACGACGACCUGCAGGCGUACCUCUCCGAUGUCAACCUUAAGGACCUCUCUGCUUUCUCACGUUCCAUGGGCGAUAACAAGGAAUCUAAGUCCACUGAGAGCCUCAACACGCAUUCUAGAGGUAGCAGUAUGUCAGACGUGUCACUGGGGUCGCCGGACCUGAGACGCGCCGUGUCUGCGGACCCCGGCGCCAGCAAGGAAAAUGGGCCGAAAACUGAUGAUAAAGAGAGCCAAAGCAAAGGGCUGGGAAACGUGGUCGGUCGCGCGUUAGGCACGACUCGCACGCGUCGCACGUCGUCCUUCACUUCAGUGGAACAGUUCACCAAGAGGCAGGCCGGCACCGUGGAUGUGUGGUGGCUAUAUGAUGAUGGAGGUCUAACGUUACUCCUGCCGUACAUAUUAUCGACUCGGCGGGCGUGGUCGUCCUGCCCACUGCGGGUGUUCACUCUAGCCAAUAAGAACACAGAACUCGAGAUUGAGGAGCGAAACAUGGCAUCCUUACUAUCAAAGUUCCGGAUAGACUACUCCGCAUUGAAGAUGGUGGCGGACAUCACGCGGCGGCCGAAGGACUCCACGCUCGCAUACUUCGACAAGCUCGUCGCGCCCUUCAAGUGUGCCGAUGAUGAUAAUUCCGGCAUAACAGAAGCGGAUCUCCUCGCCGCUCAGGACCGCACGCACCGGCACCUGCGGCUCCGCGAGCUGAUCGCGUCCCACUCAUGUUCCGCGCGGCUGGUGUGCGUGACGCUGCCCAUGCCGCGGCGCCGCGCGGUGGUGCCGCCCGCGCUGUACCUCGCCUGGCUGCACGCCAUCGCCACGGCCGCCGACCGGACCCUGCUGGUGAGGGGCAACCAUGCUGCUGUACUCACCUUCUAUUCUUAGGAACAUAGAACUUUUGUGUAGGUCGUUUCAGUUUGCACAGUUUUUGAGCAAGAAGUAAAGAAGUUUUCUUAAUAGUUUAAAAAGAGAUAUCUUGCUUUUUCUACUCUUAAUUACAAGGAUAUUUGAAAAGAAGUGUCAGUAUUUUACACACGCUAUUGAGGAGAUGUUUGAAGGGUAUUUCAGACAUCUUAGCGCAGAUUUUGCGCAAAGACUCGUUGUAGAAAAGAUAACAAUUUAGUCCUUACAACCAUUACAUUACAUCCCUCGUAAUACUUUUUUUUUUAAACAGUAUAUUCUUGCAAACUGAACUGUAUAAUAUUUGUAGCUAUAUAUAAAUAUAGCUAGCCAUAGCAGUUUGCGUAAACAUAUCUUUAGAGAACAAAUCAUUUUUGCUAUUAGGAUAUUACUUUUCCCAUAAUCAUAAUAAUCGUUACGCAUAAUACUCACUUCGGUUUUAGAGUAUUUUAAACACUAACCCUUAUGUGCGAGUGAUCGUAUCUUCUAAGAUAUUUGCUCUCCAAGUACCUAAAUGUAAAAUUUUACCAGUACAAGUCUAACCAAAUAUUUGUAAUAUUUACAUGAUGUAUGAAAUGCAAGUUUUAUUUAGGUUUAACUUAGAUGAAUUUACCAGUGUGUUUAGAAUAUUAUUUUAGUAUUUUUAAUAUCUAAUCAUUCCAUUAUGUCGUGGCCUCAAUUUAUUUAUGUAUAUUUGACCAAUUUUAAAGGCAUGCCUAAGUCUAGUUAAAAAAUAAUAUGCUCCGAUUCUAUCCUUUGUCAUCAUCAUAGUCCUAGCCUUUUUCCAAACUGUGUUGGGGUCAACUUCCAGUCUUACCGGACUCAGCCCACCAGUGUUUUACAAGGAGCACCGCGUAUCUGACCUAGCCCAGUUACCCGGGCAACAUAAUACCCUUUAGUUAAGACUGGUUACCAGAUUAUAUUCUCUGUCAAUCGGUUUUAAAUUGAAUUUAUAUUCCUGUAUUUUUUCAAACAACCGAAUAAAACUCGGGGCAUACAUUUUGUAAUAGUUUCGAAAUCAAAUUGAGGUUACGAUCGAGUAUGUAAUACUAAUGAAAGUACAAAUAGACAUGACGUGUGCUGUUUUAUUAUUAUUUAACUCUGUGUGUUGUUUCUUUAAUCAAUUUAUUUAUUUAUUUAUAUUGAUAAAUCUGUACAUUGAUGAUCUGAUCUUGAGAUCUUGGAGUUCUUGGAACAAUUAAGCUUUUAUUACAACUGACAACUGGGAACAUACCAUGGGCUCAUAGCAAAUGGGGCUUAUUCAAUAUGUGAAGUUUUCACACAUUAUCCUUUCUAAAUAAUGUAUGAAAAUGAGCCCAUGGUGCCCUAGGAAUAGUUUAUAGUAGGUUAGUAUACUUAUCUAGGUAAAAACUAAUCUCUUUUAAUUCGAAUACUACGGAUCUGGCAACACAGCCCAGUGGCUCUAUUUAUAAAUUCUGAACAAUGUUGCCUUAUGAAAUAAUUAUUGGCAGACUAAAAUACAUAUUUUUAUCGAAUAUUUUGCUAUCGGUGUACAAUUUUAUAUACAUUAUAUUUUCUUGUAUUAGUGAUUUGUGAGCCUCUUUAUAGAUUUUGAAUGAAGUAUUUAUUAUAGGAGAAUUGGAUAAGAGCCUUAUUCGGCCUAAUGUAUUUUUGCUAAAAGAAUGUAAUACUUUAGAGGAAUUUAUCCUGAAUUUGACAAAUGUGGGGAUUUUCGGGGUUGACAUUAUUAUAACCACGAAUUGUGUAAGGACUGGCGCAGAUUAAGUUUAGAUCCUAAUAUUUUGCGCAUAUAUUUUUUUAAGAUGUAAAUAGUUAUUGGUAGUUAUUGAAAAAUAAUUUGACCCCAAAAUACAAUUUACAUUGUUAUAACAGUUUGCGCCAAUCCUAAAUAUUUUUUCUAACAGUAAGAUAAUUUACAGUGAAAUCAAAGUUACCAAUGUGUGUAUGUUUUUUUGAAAUCAGUGUGCGUACAUUUUACAAAAUUAUUUGCUGUGUGUUAAUUAUUUGUAUUAACUUAUUAACAGUUGUAUUUUAUUUUUGUGUGUAUAUGUGACAUUAUGUUUUAUUUAUACAUUGAUUUUCUUAGACCUUUUUAUUCUUAUUAGUAUUUUAGCGAUAUUUGACCCAACCUCGUAAUUUAUUUUAUCGUUUAACGUAUUAUUGUACAAAUAGUGAAAACAAAAUGAAUUGUGAUUAAAUGAGUUGAUGAUGAUA